AUCUUGGAUCUACAUUGAUUGGCUAAUCGUUUAGAUCAGAAAUGACGUAACAUGGAGCUGUUUCUGAAAAGUCCUAUGGAGGUGUCGCUAGUGACGGGAUGUUUACUUUGCCAACGUUUAGGGUACGGUAGCUGUACCAGCUGUGCUUAUAUACAAUAACAUUACAAGGCUGUUGUCGUACGUUGGAAUCUUUUAGGUCAUUAAAAAAUAAUAACCCAUAGUUUUACACAAAAAAAUUUUGAAACGAAAAGAAACAUAUAUUCGCCAAUGCUGCCAUCUGUAGUCGAUAUGUGAAGAAAUGGUUCUGUAAGGCGCGUUGUUAUUGGUGAAUUGAGAAAUUUUGCCAUAAUUUUAUAAGUUUGGAAUGGUUAAUGUAAAUUGCAUAAUUGUUUUGUUUACGUGUAAUUUUGAUAAUGUUGCCCCGAAAAAAAAAUAUUUGGUGGCAUUUUUGGGUAAAAUAUAUUGCCUGUGGUGAUUGAGAACUAGAAAUAGGAGCGAAUGUAGUAAUGGCGGCGUUACGUUGCACCAAUCCGGGAUGAGGUAUUAUGUGUAUUGGAGGUGCAAGUUAUACACCUUACAUUCGCGUCAGUGAAGAUGUUUUGUGUUUGUUGUGUAGCUAUGGUUGAUUUACUGAAGUUACAAUGCUGAGAAGUACUUGUUAAGUGCGUUCAGUGAGUGCUUAACCUAUAGACAUUCAAGUUUAUCCACGAAAUAUGUAUUUAUGCUUAGUCACGUGACCUCAGCGUAAAAAUGGCGCAAAGCCCCUCUAUCAAACAUGGGUUCCAUUUCUCUAACGUUGUGUCAUUUGUAUUUGUAUACAACAGUGUGUUUUCAUAAACCACGUGUUAAAUAGAGCCCCGUGAUCGGGUUAGGGUAAACCAUGAUGUCAGCAAGAGGAACGAAAAGGCGCGGGAGGCCUCCCAAGUCAGUUGUUAUGGAGAGGCCGCGAAAGUUUCAAUAUCAUCUGCUGAAGAAACCAAAAUACCUAUUAAACCGCGAAAUCAAAGGUUCUGAAACGCCAAAUUCGCAAACUAGCACACCUACUCCAUCUAGAGCGAACUCGCCUGACGAAAGUGAGAGUGGCAAGAGGAGUACGAGAACUAGAGGGAAGUAUAAACGAAGGGGAACUGGAGGAUAUCAAAGGCGAGGAUAUAAUCCAGAUGUUGUUGAAGACAAAUAUUCUGAGUACCAUUACGGAUCUGAUUUCGGCGACGAGUCUAGUGGGGGUAAAAGCGAAUUAGAAGACGAUAUUCUUAGGACUGACAGUGAGUUAGAAGAAAGUUUUGGGGAUGAUUCUAGUGACAGUGAUUUUUCAUUAUCAAGUUAUGGCACAGUUAGUGGAACCAGAAAGUUGUUUCAUAGACCUCCCAGCCCUGAUCCAUUGUGGCUGCAGAAUCGUGAUUUGCCUCCUUUAGAAUUACCAAGAUCAUCUGAUGAUUUGCUUAUCCCUAAGAACUUAGUAAUGCAGUCUCUGUGUGUAUAUGAAGUGAUGCGUCAUUUUAGAACUUUAGUUAGAUUAUCACCAUUCAGAUUUGAAGAGUUUUGUGCAGCAAUAAUGUGUGAAGAACAAAGUAUGCUACUGGCAGAAAUUCACAUAAUGCUGCUGAAAGCUCUUCUGCGUGAAGAUGAUGCUCAGCAGACUCACUUUGGACCAUUGGACCAGAAAGACAGUUUCAACAUUGUUCUGUUUUUUGUGGAUCCAAUGACGUGGCCUGAAGUGUUAAGAGCAUAUGUUGAGAGUGACAAGCACUUUGAUGCAGACGUGUUGGAAAUAGUGAACUCUUGUGAAUAUCCAUUUACGUCAGUUGAAAAUAGGUUGAAAGUCCUUCAAUUUUUGACGGAUCAUUUUCUCAUCACAAACCCUGUACGAGAAGAUCUGCUGAAUGAAGGGAACAUCCACUAUGACGACCACUGCCGCAUGUGCCACCGCCUGGGCGACCUGCUGUGCUGCGAGACCUGCCCCGCGGUGUUCCACCUGGAGUGCGUGGAGCCGCCCAUGGAGGACGUGCCGGAGGAGGACUGGCAGUGCAGCGUCUGCCGCGCCCACAGGCAGGUGACGGGCGUGGUGGACUGCGUGCCCGACGUGGAGAAGCAGGGGCUGCUGUGCCGGCAGGAGCACCUGGGCUUCGACCGGCACGGCCGCAAGUACUGGUUCCUCGAGCGCCGCAUCUUCGUGGAGAGCGAGGACGGGGAGGUGUGGUACUACUCCACGUCCGCCCAGCUGCAGGAGCUGCUCGAGUGUCUCGACCGCUCGCACAUGGAGGUGGCCCUCUACCGCGAGAUCAGCGACUUCAAGGACGAGAUCGUGCGCCAGAUGGACCUCACCGACAAGAUCACCAACCACCACAAGGGGAACAAGAAGUCCUACCUCGACGUGGAGAACGCGGCGCUGGCCAAGGUGCAGAAGGAGCGGGAGGAGAGGCGGCAGCGGGAGCAGGAGGAGAGACAGCGCCAGGACGCGGACGGUCCGGAGCGCAGGGCGACCGAGGGAGAGGCCUCCUCGCACGAAGGGGCCGACCAGCCCUCGGCCCUAGAGGAGGCUGUCAGCAGCACCACCACGGUGACGACCACAGAGACCAAGACCGUCACCACGACGGCAGGUGACGGCGAGCACGUCAACAUCACGGAGGUGACGACCAGCUCAACUGUCACCACCACCUCCUCAGUGAAAAUGUCAACUUCGUCUGUUACUUCUCCUGAAAUGGAUGAUGAAGAAAUUGAAAUGGAAUCUGACAGAGAAGGUGAAGAAGGCCUUACAAAGAUUGGUAAAGAUGGCAAGAAGCGCAGGAUACAGACGCGGUCGAGGACGGGGUCUCUGCAGCCCCGCACCUUCAACAUGGAGGACCUGCGGCGACGCACGGGGCCCCUCACCAAGGCCGAGCUAGACAAGCUGCAGGCUGACAGGAAGGACUUGGACAAGGAGACAAGUACGAACGCCGAUGGCACACGUUUAACAAGGCUUAAAGCUCAGCAAAUUGCUACCGGCACACACAUGUUCAAACUGGGGAUGGAAAAUGCCUUCAAAAGCUACACUAACCAGUACACGACCAACAUAGCAGCCUUGAACAAGCAACAGAGGAAUGAAGAACGGGAUAAGAAGCGUCAUCUGUCGCACAAGUUUUCGCUGACGCAGGCAUCAGAAUUCAAGUGGAUUGGCUCUUUGUAUGGCACGCGGGCGCUCCUCGUCAACACCAUGCGCCAGACGGUGCUGCAGCUGGAGAACAGCAUCCAGUGCUCGUUCAUGCACCCCAACUGGCCGCUGCUGAGGAAGCCCUGGAUCACCGCCGUCGGCAGCUGCGUGAACCCGCGCGACUUUGCCCGCGCCCUCAUCGUGCUGCAGGCCUGCAUCAAGCCCGUGGUGUUCGCGUCCGUGUGGCACGAGGCCCUCGGGCACGUGAAAAUGCAGAGGAUGACUGCAACUGAGAGAGAGGAAAGAAAGCGGCAGGACAAGAAGGACAAGAAGGAGAAGGAAGAGGAAGAGGAGAGGAACAGACUGACCUACAACUUUGUCAAGUAUACGCUAGGAUUAAAGCAUCAGGUGUGGAAGCAGAAAGGAGAAGAGUACAGAGUGCACGGCCAGUGGGGUUGGCUGUGGCUCUCAGCGUCCCGGCGGUACAAGCGUCUGGACUGUCGGACGGUGGGGCUCAGGUCCGGCCCCCAGAAGAUAAUGGUGCAGGUGAAAGAUGACAAGGGGGUGAAGAUAUUGGCAGUCGACCCGCCGACUUUUGCGUACCUGAUGAAGAAAGGAGCUGAGGACGAGGCAGCAGAAAAAGUGACUCAAAACAACGGUGUUGUUGUGUCUCGUGACGAGAAAAAAGUGAAGUUGGAGUGUGGGAGCGAAAAAGUACAAAAUAACUUUGUGGACCAGAGAACAAAAGUUGAAGUGAAGACUGAACAAGGAGAAGGCUUUGAGAAACUUGACAAUGUACCUGAUACGAUGAAUGACCACGUAAAAAAAGAAAUCAAAGACGAGAAGCCUGAUCCGAAAACAGAAAAUAUACUGAAACACUUGAAGGUGUUUAAACCAAUAAGUGAAUUUGAAGAGAUAGAUAUUACAAAAGCACUGACAUCCCCUGGACGGCUUCACUAUCCGAAGAUCGCAAAAAAGUGCAAGCUCGAUGAUUUGCUCGCUAGAAGGGUGCAUCUGAAAAUCAUUGAAGAACGGAAACUUGCCCAGAAUGCGAGCGUGGACGCGUGCAAGAAGGUGCUGAUCAACGGGGAGAAGGCCGGCGAAGCGGAGCUGGACGUGGAGAGAGCCGAGGACAGCGAGGGGGACGCUGACCCCCCUCCGGAGCAGCUGCUGCCGUCGCUGCUGCUGGGGAAGCCGUGCGUGCCCCCGGUGCCCCCGGUGUCGCAGGACGCGGUGGCCGGCCUGACGCGCAGGAUCAACGCGGUGCGGCAGCAGUACGCCCGGCUCAGCCGCCUCGGGGGCCGUCUGCUGCAGUGCUACAGCCGGCAGUGCAGCCAGGCGCUGGGCAGCUGCUACUCGCCGCUGUGCGUCCAGCGGCAGGCGCUGCGCAAGGAGCUGCUGGGACUGCUGCGGAGGGUGAAUGCCAGCAGCGUGCUGGCCGGCCCCUCCCGCCCCCCCACCAGCUCCGGGGGGCCGAGACCCGCCGAGGAGCCCGCCCUGCCCAGCGCCAGCACGGAAGACGCGGACAGCAUGGAGGCCAUCAAGAAGGACCUGGAGUCGGCGGUCGCGGUGAACACCACGUCGGAGGACGAGGCGAAGGUGUCGACGCCGGUGGUCAGCAGGCCGGGCGGGGCGGCCCCCGGCCAGCUGGAGCAGGCCGUGGCCAGCAUCCUGCCCGGGGGCGAGGAGCUGUGCGGGCCCGAGAUGUGCAACGAGGUGGAGGUGGCCACCUCGGGCGACCCCGAGCCCGCCGCCCCCGCCCGGGACAAGCCCCAGGGGCAGGUGGUGACGACGUGUGAAUCGAGGGUGACGGUGAGUCAGGUUGUCACCACCACGACCACGUGCACCACGCAGAACUCCGAGGUCGUCAAGACGGUGACAUCCAGCGAGACGGUGGCCCGUACCCACAAUGCUCGCAAGAGCUUGCCUGUCAUCGACAAGUUCCCCAGCGGCUACCUCCUCAGUUCGAUCCUGACGGCGAAGAGCAGGUCCUCGGCCCGGUCCAUAUUCUCGAACGACAGGCGAGUGACGCUGCUGAAGUCAAGCUCGAGCGGCGAGAGCGUGCGGACGGAGGUGAAGUCCCGCGACCAGGACGGGCAGCGCAUGUUCUCGAGCGUGUGCACCAAGGGGCGCGUGUACCUGAGGAAGCUGGCGCUCUCGCUGGGCGACAGGCGCAAGAAGAGGACGCCCGUGCGCUACCCCCUCUGCUCCACGUUCCACACGCGCAGCAAGAGGCGCAACAUCAUGAUCCUGCCGCAGCACGAGCUGAGGAAGCUGGCCCGCAUCGGGGGCAAGGCGGCUGUCCACGGCUUCCACCACAUCGCCAAGCCCAACAUGCAGGUGUGGCCCUACCCGUGCUCACGCCCGCUCUUCAAGACGUGCUGGCUGUACCGCACGGUGAACCUGCGCAGCCUGGCAGCUGCGGCCCUGCAGCUCCGCGUGCUGUGGGCUUGUCUGCGCUGGGACGACAUGCAGGUGAAGCCGCUCUCGGUGGACGGGAAGCACCAGGUGACGACGGACACCGAGAUCAUGUCCUUGGAGGUCCUGAAGCACCGCCACGUGGGCCAGUUCCUGGAGAAGACCCAGUACCUGAGGAGGAAGGUGGUCAUCCCGCUGGAGCUGCCGAAGACCAUCCGCGAAGUAACAUCGAUACGUAGUGGAUUACGUAAACGUAAGCGUGCAGAAUCUCCACAGAGCACAGAACCACAAGUGUCGGAGGAGUGGAUUGAUGAGGACAAGUUGGAACUCUGGGAGAUCAAACAAUAUGGAGACAGGUUAGAGAGGGCUAAUGCACAAGUUGUUACCAGGAGCCGCUCGGGCUCCCUAGCCCCCAAGACGGACCUGGCGCCCGCGGGCGGGGCGGCCAAGGUGGAAACGGUCAGUGGCAAGGCCACGCCCGAGGAGAUUAAGGAGAAAAUGGAGCAGCAGUUAAGGAUGCAGCGCGCCGCGCACCAGCAGAAGAGGGCGCUCGAGACGUCCUUGAAGGUGCCCGUGACGGGGCAGGUGCUGAAGAUGGUGCCCUCCACGCAGUCAGGGGAUGGGACGGUGAAGAUGGUGACGAAAGUGGCCAUUCCGCCCUCUCCGAACUCGUUGUCGGGGAAGAGCACGCUCACCUCCUUGCUGACGGGAACCCCCAACAACACGACCGGGAAGACACUCCUGGGCACGCGCAGGGUCUUCAUGACUAAAGGUGCGGAUGGCACCACGCGGGUCGUCUCUGCCCCAACGAGCAUCUUGCCAAAGACGACCCAGAGCCAAUCACUGAUACGAGUUCAGGCACCGUCCGCGAACACGCCAGUGCAGCCAGCACCGCCAAUGACCCAGCAGAAAGUGCAGAUUCUUAAAGGGCCUGAUGGAAAGAUACAAGUGCGGGGCCUGCUUCCAGGCCAGCAGCUGGUCCAGAUGCCAGACGGGAAGCUGCACGUGUUCAAUGCCGCUCAGGUGCAGGCCGCUCAGGCACAGCCAGCUGUCGCGAAGGCGGCGCUGCCCGUGGGCAAGCCCGUGGCGGUGCGGACGACAGUGGCCAGUGCAGUCCCGAGCCUGGCCGUCAGCCAGCCGGCCCAAGCACAGCCCCAGGCCCUGGCCGCCAAGACGCCUCCCAGCAGCCCGGUCAAGUCGAUGGCCGCUGCACCCGUCAUGUCCCCGGUCAAGACCCUGGCUCUGGCCCAGCCGGGGGCCAAGCCCCAGGCGCAGGUGCCCCAGACGGUGAUGAUCCGGCAGCAGAUAGGGGGCACGCCCGUGCUGCAGAAGGUGGCCGCUCCGGGCACGGUGGUGGUGAGCGGCAACCAGGUGUUUGCCCCGGGCCAGAUUGUCGUCAGCGGCAACCAGGUGCUGGGCACCUCUACCCAGGUGAUGACGGCGGGCGGGCUGCUGAACGCGGGCCAGCUGGUGGUGAGCAGCGGCAGUCUGGCGGCCCAGCUGGCGAGCGGCAAGGCGCAGCUGGCGACCAUCGGGGGCCAGCAGGUGCUGAUCCGCACCUCCAUCCCGGGCACCCCGCUGCUGGGCGCCGCCGGCCUGCCGCCCCUCUCCGCGACCACCGGCAGCCUCCUCAUCAAGACGUCCGGGGCGCUGCAGCAGCCGCAAGCCGCCUUGCAGGUGCCGGUGAAGCAGAUAAGGCCAGCUACCACCAAUAACGGGUUGAGCACUCCUCAGUCGACUGUCAUCGUCACUCCGACAACGAAAACAGUACAGCAAACAGUUGCAGUGACAGCUGCCCAGCCGAAUGCAAUCAUGCAGGCACCGGCGGCCGGGGCAGAGCCCGACCCGCAGACCACGGAGCAGGCGCUGCUGGCGGGCCAGCCCCCGGGCACGGUCAUCAAGUGCGUGACGGCGCAGGUGAUCCAGACGGCCCAGGGCCCCCGCAUCGUGCUGCAGGGCCUGCAGGGGGCAGAGUUCACGCAGCAGCAGCUGGCCGUGGUGCAGCAGCAGGUCAAGCAGCAGCUGCUCAAGGCCCAAGCGACAACAGGGAAGCAGGGAGUGCUGGGCCCGACAAAGAUCUACCUGGCGGUGCAGCCACCACAGCCACCGGCGUCAGUCGCCCCGCAGCAGUCUGAGCCGCCCCCACUGCUGCCAACCUCGCCCCAGCUGCCACAGGAGCGCAUGACCUCCCCCUCGUCACGACCGGGCCAGCCCAAGGUCGUCGUGCAGCCAGCGGCCGGGCUGCACGAGACGGCGGCUGUGCAGUCUGCGGGGAACCCGGUCAGCGGAGCGGUGGCAAACAGCCAGCAGCAGGUCGUGGUGAACGGUGUUCAGAGUGCCGACAGUCCAGAGAAGGACGGCGGGCUUGCCACCUUGGCAGGGAUGACGACGGAGCAGCAGGCGAACGCUGCCAACCUGCUCAUGCUGGCUGGGAACAAGCAGCUGAUUGGUGGCAACAAGUUCAUCAUCACCCCCGACUACAUCCAGCAGACUAUAAAGAGCGCCCUGAAGCAGGACAACUUGAACCCGGAGAUAGAGGAGAAGCUGAUCCAGCUGCAGCGCUACCAGGAGAAGCAGAUGCGGCAGGAGGCGACGCCCACCAGCACGGUGGUCACCACGACCGCUGCCCUCGCCACGCUGGCCCGCCCCGUGCAGGCCAAGAAGAGGCCCCUGCCCUCCCCCGGUCUGGCGUCCCUGGUGCAGGCUGCCGAGCGCGACGACUGGGACACCCCGAAGCAGCGCAAGGUGGCCCGCCUCGACAUCAAGGACACCCGGGUGUCCCCCGAGGAGCGCCCGGAGAAGGCGGUGGUGCAGCGAGCGCGGCCGACAAAGGGGCGGGAGUCCCAGGAGGAGAAGCGACGCCAGCAGGUGCAGACCAAGCUGCAGGUCCUGCUGUUCCGCCACAAGGAGCUGCUCAAGAAGGACAUGAUCAAGAAGAGAGCCCUGCUGGAGAAGGAGCUGCAGAUCGAGAUACAGAAGGAGCUGUCCAACGAGCUGGCGGCCAGGACGAAGGCGGAGCGCAGCAAGCAGGACGAGGUGCGGACGGGCAGCGGGAAGCGCAAGUCCGCGGCGGUCUCCGCGACGGCCCUGAACCCCAUGUCCGCGGGGAGGGGCGGGGGCAGCGGGCGGGGCAAGCGCCAGCCGCGGUCCAUGUCGGGCGGGCGGGCGGCCAGUCCGGGCAGCGGCGGAGCCUCCGGCCGCAAGAAGGAGAAGCUGUAUUGCAUCUGCAGGACGCCCUACGACCCUUCCAAGUUUUACGUGGGCUGUGACCUGUGCAACAACUGGUUCCACGGGGAGUGCGUGGGCAUCACGGAGGAGUCGAGCAAGUCGCUGGCCGAGUUUGUCUGCACGGAGUGCAAGCACGCCCGCGAGACACAGGAGCUCUACUGCCUCUGCAAGCAGCCCUACGACGAAUCUCAGUUCUACAUUUGCUGUGAUCGCUGCCAAGACUGGUUCCACGGGCGGUGUGUCGGCAUUCUUCAGUCUGAAGCGGACAACAUUGACGAGUACAUCUGUCCCAACUGCCAGCGCAAUUCCAACAUCAACUAUGCCAACAUGAAAUCCUUAAAUACCAAAGAUUUUGAGGGCCUCAAAAAAUUGAUUAAGCAACUGCAGACUCAUAAGAGUGCCUGGCCGUUCAUGGAACCAGUGGAUCCCAACGAGGCUCCGGACUACUACAAGGUCAUCAAGGAACCCAUGGAUCUUCAGACCAUCGAGCUUCGCAUCAAUGAACGUUCAUACAAAAAACUUAGUGAAUUCAUUGGUGACAUGACGAAGAUCUUUGAUAACUGCCGUUAUUACAAUCCCAGAGAAUCGCCAUUCUUCAAGUGCGCUGAAUCCCUUGAAGCCUAUUUUGUACAAAAGAUAAAGUGUUUGCGAGAAAGAAUUGUUGAAAACAAGUGAAGUGAGCAACUUUACAGGGAAAGUUUUUUUAAAAUGUUUAUAUACAGUGAAACCUCAUUACAAAGUACCUCACUUCAAAAUAUUUCACACUUUAAAGCAUAUAAUUUCAGAUCCCCACGAAUGAUUCAUAUUUGCUUACAGUUCAGCAUAAAAGACUUCCAUUAUUAAGAAACAGAACUUCAUAUUUUCAAGGUUCUUUUUGCUGAGAUUUCACUGUAAAGUGUCAUGUGUUUAGGAAUUAAUUAGAGUGUUUGAUUCGGACAAUGGCUAUGGCCUAGUAAGAAAAUGUGCAUCAGUGGUGUAAUACUUGUUUUGUUACGUAUUUCUUUUGCCAUUUUGGCUGCAAACUCGAAAAAAAAAAUUGAUGUUCGGAUGGUUACCACAAAUACGUCAAUAAUGUGGUAAUUAUUCGGAGUGUAAACAUUUGUUGUACAUAGUGUAACAUAUAUUUACAGUUAUGAAUUGUGGUAAUGAACAGAAUUUAUGUACAUGAAACUUGUGUUUUAAUAUUAAUAAUAUAUUGACUCUAAAGACAUGUUGAUUUUAUUACACUAAAGAAAUAAUUUAUAUUGUUUUUAAUUCAUUUGUAUCAACUGUAUUAUAGCAGGUUUUAUUUUAAUUGUCACUAGAGAAUUGCCAUAUCAGUAUGAAUGUGUUAAAACAUUACAUCUGGAAAAUAAUUUUUAAAUUUUUUUUAGUUAAAUUGGUUUCAGAGAUGUAGGUCUCUUCCUACUCUGUAAAAUGCAGUGUUAUUUAUAACUAGCCGUAUUGUAUAAUUUAUGCACAAGUCAAUUCCAUUUAUUUGCAGAAUAGUGCACAGCGUAUAAUAAUUGUUGACUCUGUAAAUUAUACCUGUAGUGAACUCCUUCCCUGUUUGGAUUCUCAUGUUGAAAAGUCAAAAAUACAUACAGUUUAAAUGUGUGUGAUCAUGGAAUUUUCAGUGAAAAGAAAAGAUAAGCAUAAAUUUACUUUGUUAAUAAAGAAUUUUUAAAGUUACAAUAUAAACAUGGAUUUUUUGUUUUCUUUUAUAAUGAUCAAUUGUUACGAAAUAUCAAAAUCUUAUUAGAUAUAUUAUUUUUUGACUCUAUAAUCAUACUGUACUCUGUGGUUUCAUUGUGCACUUGAUACAGCUCCUAAGAAUUACCGUGUUUUCUCGCAUAAUCAUCGCACAUUUUAUUCUAAUCUUAAUUUUGAAAAGUAGGGGUGCAACGAUUAUACGGAAAAAAAUUUUUUCUUAGGUAAAAUUAUUCAUAAAAACCAAACCCAUUCAUGGAAAGUACAUUUAUUUAAAAAAUAAAGGUGGAGUAUACAAGAGCACGCCAAACAAUUUAAAUUAAUAAUUCUUUUAACAAAAACCUUUCUUCAACUUUAAGUAGAAAAACAAAAUCUGUGACACAAACGCAAGCGACUUGAAUCUGUGACGUGAACGAAUAGGGUACCAUAUUGGCCCGAAGAUAGGCCGUCCUCGAAAAUAGGCCGACCCCUUCUACAGCACGCUCAAAAUCAGGAAAAAAUAACUAAAAUGAUUAUCAGGAGCAUAUUACCACAGUAACACUUCAACUAAGUUAGUAUUUAUUGAACUGAAAAAAUUAUUUGAGUGUUUAUAUUUCCAUUUAUCUUCACAUUCUUUUGUAGUGGUGCCAACAUGUUACACGGCAAUGGCUGAAUUUUCUAAGUUCAUAGAAAUUGUUAGACACCUGCGAGUACUCAAAAUUCGAGUUUCGAGUCGAGUUGAUUAGUAAUACUCGAGCUCGAGCUCGUGGCUUAUCAACAACUCGAAAUUCGAGCCAGCUUUUCCUGUACUACAUUUAGAAAAAAAAGACUCAUUAUAUCGGAACAAAAGUUUUACAACACUAUUAUCCUUUACUUUAUAAUGUAACAUGAUCGACCGUAUACAUGAACACAUCAAUUUUACGUACCCGGGAUUUACGAAUUUCCAUGAUUAUUUUUUUUACUUCUAUAAUAUUCCGCAUAGCAUUAAUGUACCACUUUCCCGCUUUAUGCGGAAGCAUUUCCCGCAUUUUACUGUAUAAAGCGUUUAAAUUGUCCGGGGUCUCAUAAUUUAUGCCAUUAAAUGUGUGAUAUAAAGUCCCGUUUUAAAUUUUUAUGAAAGUUCCUGCCUUAGUAAUGGCGCACGUAAAUAUAAAUAUGAAGAAAAUACAAAUGAACAACAACUUACGAAGAAAUAUGGAUGAUGUACCAUAACUACAGUACAAACCCAAUAGUUAUCUUAAGAUAAUUACCAUAAAAAGAACUAAAGAUUCUUUGUAGAUACCAUUACUACUACAGAAGCAUGAUAGUUACCACAUUUGCACUAUAGUUGCAGUAAUAACCGAGAUGUGUAUUUACCGUGAUGGUAAUGUAUUUAUUUAGGACAUAUUAAAAUUAAAGAACAUUAUUGAAAAAUAGGAUGUUAAAUUUUUAUAUGUACGUUUGGCACAUGUUGCGAACAAAUAAUGCGAUCUGAAAGAAUGCAGUACUACUACGAAAAGUGAAAAGGGUAAUCGUGGAUUUUUAGGUUAUGGCAGUCUCUUUCGUUUUUCAGUAAUAUCUGCCGAAAAUUAACAAGCGUAUCGGAAGUCGGCAGAAAUGCCGAUUCAACUAAAUAUUGGCAAAUCGGCUUCUUCAGUACAGCUCUAUAUUUGAUGACAUGAGUAAACAUAUUUCAGACUACAGGAUAUUGAAAAA